UCUGGAGGAAGAUGUUUCCGCCAUUUUUGAGGCUCUUCUUCGUGGUCGUCUUCGUUCAAGGGAAGAUGGUUUGCCGCGAUGACAUUGGAUGCGCCAGUAACGACUAUCCGUACUGGUCAAAUACCAGGCUGAUCUCCAUCUUUCCACAAUCUCCAGAACAGAUUAACACUCGGUUCCUCAUGUUCACGAAGAAAAACACCAAGGAAUAUCAGGUUCUCAGUGCCAGAAAUAUCUCCACGUUUCAUGAAUCCAAUUUUGACUGCAGAAGAAAGUCUGUGUUCAUUAUCCACGGAUAUACGGAGAAGGGAAGCGACCCCUGGCUUGUGGACCUGUGCCAGAAAAUUCUUGAAACGGAAGAUGUCAACUGCUUCUGUGUGGACUGGAGUGGAGGAUCCAGCGCCAUCUAUUUCCAGGCAAUGAACAACGUCCAGAUUGUUGGGGGAGAAAUUUCCUAUUUUAGCAGGGUACUUGUGAAAAACUGCAAUUCCUCACUUUCCAUGAUACUUCUGAUUGGUCACAGUCUAGGAGCCCAAGUAGCUGGUGAAGCAGGAAAAAGGACACCAGGAAUCCCUUUAAUAAUAGUUCUGGAUGCGGCCCGACCCGGCUUCGAGAAUGAAGCAGCUGAAGUUUCUAUUGAUCCGACUGAUGCCGAUACUGUUAUAGCCAUUCACACAGACGCAGGUCCGAUCGGGCUCGGGAUGAGGAAAAAUAUUGGUGACCGAGAUUUCAUCCCAAAUGGAGGAGAAAGACAAACGGGGUGCGACGGGAGUCAGAUCAUGGACCUGGAGAAAGCUAAAAGUCUUUUAGGAGCUUUCCGGGAUCUCGCUUUAUGUAAUCACGUUAGCAGUUAUUACCUACUCAUAUCAUCGUUCCUUGCUCCCGGCGGCCUCAUGGGCUACUGCGCCUCCAGCUACAGUGCAUUCCUAGAGGGCGAUGGCUUCCCCUGCUCCAAUGGCAGCUGCUCCAUAAUGGGCUACAACACAGACCCCGGGAACGCCUCAAACUGCCGUGUCUACUACCUCAACACCGGACCCCGAUUCGACUACCAACGCUGGAGAUACAAAGUGACCGUGAAAACCAUCGGCAAUGAAACUUUCUACGGAUCGCUAAAAAUCACUCUUUAUAACUCAACUGACGGCUCAGAUACACAGGAAAUAUACAGCGGUCUUAUAGAACGUGGCAGGGAGUACUCCGCAUUUAUUGACAUCCACUUUCCUCCGCCUAUUCCCCGGGUCACAUUCACCUGGCAGAAGUCUUUACUCUCCUUAUUACUGAAUCCAACGUUGUGGGCCGAUCUUGUCAGUUUGAUCUAUGGGAACGAUGGAUCUCAGUACCAGUUCUGUGGUGGAGGGACAACAGAAGAAGGCGUUGCCCAGACCCUGACCCCGUGUCCGUAACUUACCCACAUGUCACAGAAGUGAACAUCACCAAUAAAGGAGAAGCAGACUGAACAGGCGACGGUUCUGGGUCCAUCCAGUGAUUGCGAACCGACAGCAAAGAGGACCGUUCUGGGCGAUGUACGAAAGCCUUUGUGCACAUGAGGAGAAUUUUUUCCCUACACACGGAUGUCCAUAAACAGGUUAGUUCAUAUACAAAGCUUAUUGUUGUGGUGUCUAUAAUGGUAGCAUGCUACAUUAGUUUUUUUUGUCAGUUUAGUUAACCCUUGACAACAGCUUUGAUGAGCUCCUGGGAUUGAUGUCCAUCCAUUUGCAACGGCAGGAGACAUUCAUGAGGGACAGCAUAGCACCAGUGGAAAGACUGCUCGCAACGUUGCGGUAUUUAGAAACUGGACAGUCAUUGGUCAGUCUGCACUAUGCCUUCAUGAUUGGUAAAUCGACAGCAAGCGACAUCAUCUGGGAAACAUGCA